CAGAUUGAUUGAGCGGUUUAACCUUGGACAAGACAGAAGAGAAACUGCAACAUGAAUCAAACUGAACGAGAAUACGAGAUCUGCUGAAACUUAUCAAGAGGAAGACAAGGAAACAUUGCUCAAAAACAGACUGGAAAAUGAAGAAGUUGUGAAAUCCAGCUGCCAGCGGUGUGAUCAACAUGAACAUGAACAGAAAGAAAGAAUGACUGAGAUGGAAACAUUUUACAAAGAGAUUCUUCAUAAGGCAAGAUCUGCUCUGAAACAAAAAGAGGAAGAACUGAAAUCAUUCAGAGACAGAAUGGCAACUGAACUGGCUGUUUCAGUCACAGGAGACACAAAGAAUAUCCCAGUUAGUAAAACGCCGGCUGAGAUCAAAACAUUUUAUGAAGAGAAACUUCAUGAGGCAAGAUCUGCUCUGAAACGAAAAGAUGAAGAACUGAAAUCAGUCAAAAACAGUAAAAGACUUAAGAAUGAAGAAGGUGUGAAAUCCAGCUUUCGGCGGUGUGAACAACAUGAAUGUGAACACAAAGAAAGCAUGACUGAGAUGGAAACAUUUUACAAAGAGAAACUUCAGGAGGCAAGAUCUGCUCUGAAACAAAAAGAGGAAGAACUGAAAUCAUUCAGAGACAGAAUGGCAACUGAACUGGCUGUUUCAGUCACAGGAGACACAAAGAAUAUCCCAGUUAGUAAAACGCCGGCUGAGAUCAAAACAUUUUAUGAAGAGAAACUUCAUGAGGCAAGAUCUGCUCUGAAACAGAAAGAUGAAGAACUGAAAUCAGUCAAAGACAGGCUUAGGAAUGAAGAAACCAUGAAACCCAGCUGCCGACGGUGUGAACAACAUGAACGUGAACACAAAGAAAGAAUGGCAACUGAACUGGCUGUUUCAGUCACAGGAGACACAAAGAAUAUCCCAGUUAGUAAAACGCCGGCUGAGAUCAAAACAUUUUAUGAAGAGAAACUUCAUGAGGCAAGAUCUGCUCUGAAACAGAAAGAUGAAGAACUGAAAUCAGUCAAAGACAGGCUUAGGAAUGAAGAAACCAUGAAACCCAGCUGCCGACGGUGUGAACAACAUGAACGUGAACACAAAGAAAGCAUGACUGAGAUGGAAACAUUUUACAAAGAGAAACUUCAGGAGGCAAGAUCUGCUCUGAAACAAAAAGAGGAAGAACUGAAAUCAUUCAGAGACAGAAUGGCAACUGAACUGGCUGUUUCAGUCACAGGAGACACAAAGAAUAUCCCAGUUAGUAAAACGCCGGCUGAGAUCAAAACAUUUUAUGAAGAGAAACUUCAUGAGGCAAGAUCUGCUCUGAAACAGAAAGAUGAAGAACUGAAAUCAGUCAAAGACAGGCUUAGGAAUGAAGAAACCAUGAAACCCAGCUGCCGACGGUGUGAACAACAUGAACGUGAACACAAAGAAAGGUUUGUUUCUAAGGGUGCUUUCACACCUUCCCUUUUUUAUCUGAAUCUUAGGACUUUUCAGUUUGGUCUGAACCAAAGUAGCAGGUGUGAAAGGUUCCUCAGACCAAAGGACCAAAAUUUGGUCCGACCAAAAGAGGUGGUCUCAGCCUAG